UUCUCAAUAAGAUAAAAAUUUAUUUUUCAUACAAACAUGUUGCUGAAAUAUUUGGGAUCACUUUUACCUGCACAAGACAGUGAAAAUAGAGUCGCUGCUAUUGUAUGGUCACCCAAUAAUUUAAGACUCGCCGUUGCCUCAUCUGAUAGAUCAAUAUAUCUAUUCGAUGAAAAAGGAGUAAAAAAGGAUAGAUUUUCCACCAAGCCUAUAGACCCUAAAUACGGUAAAAAAAGUUACAUUAUAAAAGGCAUUGCCUUUUCUCCGGAUUCUACCAGAAUUGCUGUUGGACAAUCCGAUAACAUAGUUUACGUGUAUAGAAUUGGAGAAGAUUGGGGCGAGAAGAAAGUUAUCUGUAACAAAUUUGGUCAAAGCGCAGCUGUAACUUGCUUAAUAUGGCCGUCUGAGGGCCCAAUCAUCAUAGGUUUAUCGGAUGGAAAAGUGCGGGCUGCAAUGCUGAAGGCCAACAAGGGUCACACUCUCUACGCGUCGGACUCCAUGGCAAUUUCACUUGCUGUCAAUGUAAAAGGAACUGGCUUUCUCUCUGGUCAUGUGGACGGCAGCAUCAUACGUUACUAUAUUGCUGAAGAUGGUCAAGCGGAGCCUCCAGGCCGAGUAUUGACGCAUGGAGUACCAGCUUACGCAUUGGCAUGGCCUGCAGGACAUAUUUUGGCUGCUGGCUGCGACAAAAGAAUAGUAUUCUAUGAUCCCAGAGGUAAACAAGUGAAGAGUUUUGACUAUAGUCGAGAAGAGGGAGAAAGAGAAAUGACUGUUGCCUGCUGCAGCCCAAGCGGACAAAGCGUGGCUGUCGGCUCUUGGGACAAAAUCAGACUGUUAGAUUGGAGUCCACGGAGAGGAUUAUGGGAAGAAGCAAAUGUUCGAACAUUGCCAAAUUUGUAUACAGUCACUGCCCUGACCUGGCGCAGAGAUGGAUCGAGGCUAGUAGUGGGUGGCUUGUGUGGAGCCGUAGAACAAUUUGAGUCCAUUUUACGGCGAUCAAUCGUGAGAGGGAGUCACGAGGUGGCCUACGUUGGGCCCAGCCAAGUUGUAGUUCGUCCACUGAAUGGAACCAGUCAUUCGGUUGUUAUAAGAUCGCAAACAGGUAGCGAGAUAGAAGAUGUCAGAGUUCUUGGACGCAAGGAUAACCACAUAGUGGCCAGAACAUCUACAACUCUCCUGGUCAGUGAUAUAGCAUUAAAUCUGCUUAGCGAAAUACCAUGGGAAGACAAAGGGGGUAGCGAAAAAUUCUUUCUUGAAUAUCCCGGUGUCUGUCUAAUAUUCUGCGCUGGGGAAUUGACAAUCGUCGAAUAUGGCCAGAGCGAGAUAUUGGGUGCAGUAAGGACAGAAGCUGUAAAUCCUCACGUAGUCAGUAUCAGGAUAAACGAACGACAUAUGCCCGGGAUGCCUGACAACAAAAGAUUAGCAUACCUCCUGGAUCCCCGAACUGUGUGCGUCAUUGACCUUGUGACAAACGUCACUAUAUGCAUCACUGUACAUGACGUAAGGGUCGACUGGUUGGAGUUGAGUGAAACAGGUCACAGACUUUUGUCACGUGACAGAAGAGGCCGAUUAUGGUUGACAGAUGACCAAGGAGGACGCUCACUAUUGCUUGCUGGGGCAAGUUUUGCAUCCUGGGUACCCGGCAGUGACGUGGCUGUAGCUCAGACUGGAACAACACUUGCAGUGUGGUACAACGUCGACGCACCUGAAGCCGCCACUUUGAUUCCAAUCAAAGGGGAUGCGGUUGAUGUGGUUAGAGAGAAUGGCCAGACCAGAGUCAUGGUUGAGGAAGCUGGUGGACAGAUUGGCUAUCUUCUUGACGAAGGAUUGAUCGAAUUUGGCACAGCACUUCAUGACAACGACUUUGGUCGCGUUGUGUUGUUUUUGGAAGAGCUUGGUGAUAGGUCACAAGCUGAAGCCAUGUGGGAAAAUGUGGCAAGAAAUGCCAUGACUGCUAGGAAGCUAUCUGUGGCCGCUAGAUGCUACGCAGCACUAGGCGACAUAGCUUGUUCAAAUUUUUUAACAGAGAUAGUCGUCGCUGGGGAGAAGUACUCAUCACAGACUGGAAACGACGCCCUUAGUAGCCCAGACUGCUGGGCCAAAAUUGCCAUUCUAAAUGGUGAGCUAAAGACAGCCGAAGCUAUUUACCUGGAGCAAAAUGAACUAGACAAAGCUUUGGAGAUGUACCAAAAAUAUUGGCACUGGGAAGAGGCUUUGACUUUGGCGCAAGCCAGAGGAUGGGCAGGACUCGAAUCGUUACGAGAUAAUCAUUUUAAGUGGCUACUCGAGAGUGGGCAGGCGGCAAGGGCUGCGGCGAUCAUAGAACCUGACAAUCCUCGCUUGGCCAUCUCACUCUACUUACAAGCUCAUCGUCCUGGGCGAGCUGCACGAUUAGCACUUGCUAACGAAGAUUUGAUAGAGGACAGCAGCAUAGUCACCGAUAUAAUUAGCGCCUUGAAAGGGGCAGAUCUUAUGGAAUUGGCUGGUGAAAUUUUAGAGAAAUCCGGUGAGCCAUCGAAGGCUAUCAAGUGUUACGCUCAAGCUGGCGUGUUUGCUCGAGCACUAGAACUGGCUCGUACAGUGGAACCUAACUCUGUAGUCAGCUUAGAGCAAGAUUGGGGACACCAUUUGGCUGCUGGUGGCCACUACGAUGCAGCAAUUAAUCAUUUCAUUGAAUCAGGUGAAACUGCCUUGGCUCUUGAUGCUGCCAUCAAGGCUCAUCAAUGGCGAAAGGCUCUACAAAUAGUUCAGGUAAUUGAAAAUGAUAGUGCUGAGAUACAGAAUCAGUGUGCAAGAUUAGGAGAAUACUUUGCUUCAAUUGGAGAUCAGGAUAUGGCAGAGACAUUAUUCCUUCGUGCGGGUCAAGCCAAGCGAGCAAUUGAGACGCACAUUAAUUCUGGUGACUGGACAAGAGCAUAUGAAGUCGCAAUGAACCACAUGAGUUCUGAAGAUGCUAAUGAAGUGCUUUCUAAACACGUGGAAAUGCUGCAGCAAGCUGGAGACUUGAGGCAAGCAGAAUCACUAUACAUUGCAAUGAAUCAGAUUGACCUUGCAAUUGCAAUGUAUCGGCAUGAGGGACAUAGAGGGGAUAUGGUCAGGCUGGUUCGUAAAUACAGACCUGAGCUCCUCCAAGCUACCCACGCUCAUUUAGCCAGGGAACUGGAAGCUGCUGGAAAGCCCAGAGAAGCUGAGGAACACUUCCUGGGAAAUGGAGAUUGGCGAGGUGCUGUAGCUGCGUAUCGAGCAGCCAAUAUGUGGGAAGAUGCUCUGAGAGUGGCUAAAGAAGCCUCUGGAGAAAAGGCUGCGCAGCAGGUAGCGCUGAUGUGGACACGUACUUUAGCCCCAGAAUUAGGUGCCAGGCUGUUGAUGCGUUUGGGUUACUUUGAUCCAUGUCUCCAACUGGCCUGUGAGGCAAACUUAUUUGACUGGGCCUUAGAAAUUGUUAAAUACGGUACCCCGGAUCAGAAGAAAGAAGUGUACUAUAAACACGCAAUGGCUCUGGAAGAUGAGGGGCGAUUUUCUGAGGCAGAAAAAGAAUUCGUUCUGGCUGGUAAAGCAAUGGAAGCUGUACAGAUGUACAUUCACACUAGAGAAUGGGAUGCAGCUGAAGAAGUUGCACAAGCGCAUUAUCCUGAUGGCCUGCCUCAAGUCCUGAUAUCGAAAGCAGCGGAUGCGGCAGAGGCACAGGACUAUGCUGCAGCAGAGUCGCUUCUCUUGCGAGCCCACAAGCCUGAAAUCAUCAUCAAUCAUUAUAAGAAAGCUGGCAUGUGGUCAGAAGCUAUGCGCGUCUGCAGGGAAUAUUUACCAAGCCAAGAAGCUGCGCUGAGGCGUGAAUUAACCCAGGCUAGCUCUGGCCUUGGAGCGAAUGACAGUAGUGGAAACCUUGAAGAAGCUCAAAGAUGGUUGGAGGCUGGAGAAGUUCGAGCGGCGCUAGACGUUCUGAUAUUAGAUCCGAAUGCACCAAAGGCUGCACUUGUUCAAGCUGCAAAUAUUCUCAUUCACCAGGCUGAUUUCGAGACUGCAGUUCAAAUCGGAGAGGACUUAGGCACCAGAUUAUUCGGAGUCAAUGAACAUGCCCUUGCUGCACAGGUAUUUCUGCAAGCUGACAAGCUUAAGCAUGCUGUAGAUGCAUUAGCGAUAGUCGGUGAAUGGGCUAGAGCUAGACGUGUCGUAAAAGAGUUAGCACCAGAGCUAGAGUCCUAUUUGGAAGAAAAAUACAAAGAGGCUAUGAUAAGAGAAGGACAUGUGGAGCAGCUGGUUGAAGUUGAUGCAGAAGCAGCGCUAGAGAUUUUAGCCCGCAAGGGUCAAUGGAGUCAAGUUUUUGAGGCAGCAAGUUCACAAAGUCCAAAGCUCCUGCAUAAGUACAUUGCUCAGCGAGCGGCGCAACUUUUAAAGACUGGUUCUCCCAUGCAGGCACUUCAACUAUACGUGCAAUACGGAGCGCCGUCUAUUCCCCAAAAUUACAAUCUCUAUUAUCGCUUGUCAGAGCUGGUCCUUAGCUUCGAGGAUUCUAGGGAAGACUAUAAGAGUGUUGCUCAGCUGCGAAACGUUUUGCUUGGGCUCAUCAAGGGCAUGGAAUCAACAGCAUCAGAGGAGGCAAAAAAGUUUGAUCGCGUUCUUCGUGCAGCACAUUAUUUGGCACUGAAACAUGCCUGCAAGAAUUUUUCACCCCUCACUGGAAUGGUGACUAAAGUGAGCAUAUCUCUUCUUCGAUAUUCAGACAUUCUGCCUGCGGAUCGCUGCUACUAUGAAGCUGGAUUAGAAGCCCGUGCCACUGGGCUGAACAGCGAGGCCUUUGUUUUUCUCAACCAUUUCCUGGACCUUGAAGAAUGCAUUGAAGAAGGCGACGGUGGGUUGCUGGAUGUUGAAGAUUUAAAAGUCACAGACUUUCCUGUCGAAGUACCACUGCCAACAACGUUAAGUUUGUCUGCUGAACAGCGCGAGGAAGUCAGAGAAUGGGUUUUAGCAGUCUCCAUGGAUCAGAGAGUUGAACAAGGCCUCCCAGUCGAUCAGCGGGGAGUUUAUAUAGGAUCGUUAACGAACCCUGCAAACACAACAGGAGUAUUACAAGCCUGCAUUCUAACUGGAUAUCCAAUUCGAGGGCCAAUAAUUAAUUUUGAGGGUAGCAAUCAUGUGGCUGAUCGCGAUGAUUGGAAUAAACUAGUAAGCACAGCAAGGCAAGCUCCUCAAGACUCGCCUCUGAACGAUGUACUUAUUUUUGUUCAAGAAUUUUGCGGCAUUCUACCUAGUUAUUCGUUUUAGGGAAAAACAGUUAUUCGAGAUAUUAAUUUACAUCAAGGCUCGUCAUUGAGUUGCUAAUAAUUAAAUAGUCCCAGGGGUAAAUAACGCGAGUAGAAUACUUUUAAGGAAUUCGAAGUAUCGCUCAUUCUUUAAUGUGAAUACGUUAUUCACACAGUUAUCAGGAGGCACUG